AUGCUCAAACCAAUCAAUGAUAAACUCGAUGAUCAGAGUCGUCGUUUGACAAACUUAAACGAAAAACACGAAAAUCAAAAGAAAACUGUGGCAGAUCUAGAAUAUAAGAAUCAUAAAUUAAGCUCCGAGCUCCAUGAAGCUGAUGAGAGAAUAGACACCUUAGAAAGAAGUCUCGACGAUCUGGAGCAAUAUGGAAGAAGAACCUCCAUUCGCUUCCAUAGGGUUUUACUUUAUCCCUCAGGGGAAUCUAACUCUUCAAGUCCUGCCGGAAAAAAAUCGUCUAGUAACCCUCAAGGCUCAAACCCAGGAUCCAAUACUAAUACUACCAGCAAGCCAGAUACUGAUAAAAUAGUCCUGGAUAUCUGCAAAAAUAUGAUGAAGGUCACCCCUCCCAUAUCUGUGGACGACAUAGAGAGGUCCCACACAAUAGGUCCGACUUCCUGCCAAAACAGCAAUGGGGAGAUUUACAAAAACACGUGUGGUCAUCCUUGUGUGUAUUGUUCUAAAAUUAAAGACGCUAUUUCUGAGGAUCAUAAUUACUGUGCCAAAAUAAGUACCGUAUCUGUUGGUACGCAGACUGAGGACAUUACCAAUGAGAAUGUUUGUAGUAAGGUACUCUUCUCAACACCGAAAAAGAAAGAUGCUGCAGUUGCACUGAGCAUCCCAUCAAUCAGCAUAGGUCUUGACGAUUCUGAAUUGAGAGAUCUUUCAACAUUAGAAGCCUCAUUCAGAGAUGAUUCUGAUUCAACUUUUACUUGUUUAUCAGAUUCAGAGUCAGACAGUGACCAAGAGGAAACAGACAGUGAAAAUACAAUUGUUAGUGAAAAGAAGUACAUAGUGUUUGAGUCAGCCCUUGAACAAUUAUUUCUUGCAUUAAAGUGUCCUGUGUCCCAUUGCAAGUGCCCGAUUGACCCAGAUGACAUUAAAAGAACUCAUAUUGAAGGCAGUUUCCUGUCAUGUGAAAUAAUCUGUACAGCUGGUCAUACUAUCAUGAACUGGAAGUCUCAACCUAUGCUGGGUAAGAUGCCGGCAAGUAAUCUUUUAUGUAGUGCUGCAUUAUUAUUUUGUGGACAGACAUACACGCAUAUAGCUGAGUUUGCUAAAUUCAUGAAUCUUGGAUUUAUGUCUGACACAACUUUCUAUAGGAUACAACGUGAUCAAGUGAUGCCUGUUGUGUUGGAUACUUGGCAACAGAUUCAGUCUGAACUUCUGCAAAGUGUCAAAGAUUCUGGUAGGCCACUUCGUUUAUCUGGUGAUGGAAGAUGUGACAGUCCUGGAUAUAAUGCUAAAUACUGUACUUAUUCCGUUAUGGACUUAGAAACAAGUGCCAUAUUAACAUAUGUUGUAGUACAAGUUACUGAAACAGGCAGUUCUGGGAGAAUGGAAGCAGAAGGUUUCCGUAGGUGCAUGAACUUUCUUUUAGAUGAAGGUUUCGUCAUAGAAGUUAUGGCAACUGAUAGGCAUGUUUAAGGGAAGGAGUUUAAUGUAUGGCAUCUGGCAAAAAAAUAUUAAACAAGAGGGCCAUGAUGACUCUGAGUCGCUCACCAGAAACAACUGCUUUUCAGUGUUGGAUUGUCAAUAUUUUCUAUUACUAAAUUUGAGCAUAGAAUUUGAAGAAAUGCCAUAACCUGGGGUAUUAGCUUUAGCUUAAUAUGAGCAAACUUGAUGAAAGACUACCUAAGAAUGCUACAAAGUUCGGUGAUCAUCUAUCAAUUAUUUCAGUAGGAAAUGAUGUUCAAAGGUUUUUUUCUUGUUUUUAGCUAAAAGGGGCUAAUUAAAUUAGUAUAGGCAAACUUGGUAAAAUAGUACCGAGCAAUGCUACAGAUAAAGUUUGGUGAUCAUCCAUCAAUUGGUUCUGAAGUAGAAGAUGUCUAAAGGUUUUUAACCAUGUUUUCAACGAAAACCGGGUUAUUGUCGAAGUUAUUGUCGGGUUAUUGCCCGAAGUCGGCGGGCCGGCGGGCGGGCGGGCCGGUCGGGCAGGCGUCAACUUUUGGUUUCCGCUCAAUAACUUUAGUUUGCUUUGGCCUAUUCACACCAAACUUGGUGUAUGGAUAGCUUAUAUCAAGAUGCAGCUUGGGAAUGUUACCCAGGGGUCUGUGAUCAAGGUCAAGGUCACUGUUACUAAAAAUAGAAAU